AUGGAUGCAGAGAGCUGGAUUGAACGAUUGGAGCAGAUCUUCAAGGCACUUUAUUGCACAGACGAUCAGAAGGUGACUUAUGCUGCCUUUAACUUAACAGAUGCGGCAAACAAGUGGUGCAAGUCAACACUAGCACUUUUGCAGAUGGAACUAGGAGAUGGAGUCUCAAUCACAUGGGAGUGUUUUAGGAAGAUAUUUUUGGAGCGUUUCUUUCCUCAGACUCUUCGCGAGUCUAGGGCCCGUCAGUUUGCAGAUCUUACCCAGGGAACAAUGACAGUAGACCAAUAUGCUACCAAAUUCAUAGAAUUGUCCCGUUUCGCCAGUUACUUAAUUCCUAAUAAGGAAAAGAAAGCUGAAAAGUUUGAGCGUGGUCUAAAUCGCAGGAUUAGGGAGCUUGUACAUACUCUCAGGAAUCGGAGUUUCACGGAACUGGUCACCCAUGCUACCAUUGUUGAAGAAGACAUUCAAGAAAGUAUCGACUACAAUAAUCAAAGGAAGUGA